AUGACGUCAUCAUCACCAGUGGUUGCUGUGGAGCCAAAUGACGUGGCAGAUUCACCGGGACACGAGACGUACUUCGCGAAGCCGGAGCACUUUUUCCCACAUCUCACCGAUGAUGGGAAAAUUCCGACGGCUCAGUUUUUGAGCGCUUGCCAAGGAAUUGCUGAUUUUGUGUCAUUCCUCGGCGCCACGUUCAGCCUCGUUCGGAAGGAUAUUCAAGGAAAUGUGGACAAAGUUCGAGUUCGCUUCGAGAAGGAUCAAGAAGGACAGAAGUAUCUACAGCAGUUGAUUGACGCGGAUCUUGCUGAACACGGCGGAAAGUUCGGAAUUGCCACCGAGGGGCUGUUGUGGUUGAAAAGAGGACUUCAAUUCAUGCUCGAGCUGCUCACCGAAAUGGUCACCGCCUACAAUUCAGGCCUUCCACGUGAUAAAACCGAGGAUUUGAGUGGAGCUGUGGCGACCGCCUAUGGAAAAUCACUUAAAAGACAUCAUGGAUUUAUAGCCAAACAGGCUUUUAAAGUAGUCACAAUGGCCGUCCCUUACCGCCGUCAAAUCCUAAAAGCCGUUGCUUUGGGCCAAGAAGGGCUCGACGACGUCUGUAUUCAUCAUAUCCAGUGCCAUUUGGACAAUUUCCGGCUUAACGUGAAGACACUGGUGGAUUAUUAUAUUGAGAAGAAGCUCGAUACGCCGGAUGUAUAAAUUUUUUGAUUUUUCGCUGAUUUUUCCCCACUGAUUUUCGCCUAUUUUUAUGCUCUUUUUUGCUCAAAAUAUCAUUUAAUUUAUUAUUUUUACCCUCCUGAACCCCAAAUCCCCAAAUUUUAUUGUGAUGUGCUUCUUUUUUCCUGUAAAUUCCUUAAAAUGUACGCUUUAUCAUGUAAA